AUGACUACAACACCUACUCAACCACGUUUAUAUUUACUGGGAACACAUACACAACCAGCCGAACGGCACCUCAAACCACCAUCAGCCACACCUGAAAAUGCAUCCCGUGUCAACUCUGCCCGUAAAAAACACACUGUGAUUCUCGUCGCUGGAUCAGGCGCACUCAAAAAUAUCCAUACAUUACGAUCCAGUGAUGUGCACACGCGUGCAUCAUCUCCCAAAGACACUGCAGCUGAUUCAUCGAAAACACUGCCCUCAAACACCAAAAUAUCAUCCACAGCCAACGGCCACACCAAACGAAAGAAAAACACUCGAUGGAUCCCACCUACAAGACCAGCACUAACAGCGUCUGAAAUCGAGCUAGUCGCACUCCCACAUUCUGAUAUUCAUCUCCACACAUUCUUGUCUGGAGUCCAUGUCAAACCACCACCGACAUCUCGCUCGCUUGUUGAUUCGUUCUUUGUCGGGAGGGCACCGCUAGAUGGGUAUAGCACGCGCGUGAAGCAUGAAAAGGGGUUUGAUAAUCCGCCUGAUGCGAAAGAGUUGACGCAGCUGAGAGUUUCGAAUCCGUAUGGGUAUAGAAAUUAUGUGAAAGCCGAGGAGAAGAGGAAGGAUGUUGCUGAUACGUAUGGGAGGCUGGAGGCUGCGAGGACGGGGAUUGCUGCUAGGGUUAAUAGUUUGAAGGAUUAUACAGAGAGGUUGCAGACCUUGAUCAAGGAAAACCACCUUUUAAAGAAGCAGUAUCAGAGCUUGUCUCAGAAAACGAACGGCUUUGUAACGAAAACCCUUGGCCAAGCAGAAGACAAUGACAGUCAAGCAGUAGAACUCUUGUCAAGAAGACGGAAACGAAUCAAAGCUCUUCGUGAUGAAGCCGCUAAAGCUGAUGUAGAAGCUAAGACUACAAUAUCCGAACUGGAAUCACGAGCAUCUUCUCUCGAAUCUCGCCUAUCAGAAUCCACCAAAGCUUUAGCGGAUCUCAUCACAUUCCGAGAUUUGGCAGAUAAUCAGUCUGAAGCUCUUAGUGAGCUUGUGCAAGCUGAAAUCCAGAAACGAAACGAACUGUUACGGGACCAUGCUCAUGAACUACGUGUUUUCGAAGGCCAGAUACGAGCAUCUAAUGCCAAAGUGGAAUCAGAGGCGUUGAUACGGGUUCGGGCUGCUGUGUCUGAUGAUGUUAUUGAAUGGCUUCCAAAUGUGGGCAAGACGAUGGUAGCAGAUGCGCAAAAGACAAGGAGUCGACUCGAGUUGGAAAUGAGUAGACAUCGUCGAGUUAUCUCGGAGUUACAAGAGCAAAUCCUUUCAUUGGAAGCAGAAAUGGCUGCUAGGCGAGAUCAGAUGAAGGAACAAGACAACAUUCGAAAGAUGCAGCUUGAUGAGAAACGUCGAGAGAUUGCUGCUGCUGUUGCUGCAGAAACAUAA